GUUUAAGCUAGGGUUUUAGUUGCAGAGAUUUCCAAAACCUCCGCUGAAUUCUCACCCAGUUCAUGUCCGAGCAGACAUGAAUACCAGACGAAAUCCUCCGACUUAUUUUCCAUAAUCCAAUCCUUCCUUUCUAUUGCAAUUUAUAAUUUCACAAAAAACCCAAAAAAUAGAAAUAAAAAUGUUGCACGGCGGCGCUCUGCCAAGAACCUCGCCGCUCUUCUCCUUCUUCAUCAAAAUCCCACUCCCCCUAAUUUCCCGAACCUCCCGCCGUUUCUUCCGUCCAAUUCUCCGCUCCCCGAAACCUAAACCGACCCUAAAUUCCACCGGCAGCUUCUCCAUGGACAAAAGACUCAACCUUUGCACUCUGGCUCUCUCCGAUAACUCGCCGUCGCCGUCGUCACCGGAGGUUUCCAACAAAGCCAAGAAGAAAGCGCGGCGGGAAUCUCCAGAGGGGGUCCUUAGGCACAAGCUGGACAUGUGCUCCAGGCACGGCCAGCUGGUCCAAGCUCUGAGCCUUUACGACGAGGCCAGGAGCAAUGGGGUCCCGCUUAGCCUGCACCAUUACAAUGUUUUGCUCUACCUUUGCUCCUCCAAUGGCGGCGGUGAUGACGGUGAUGUGGGUUUGAAGAGGGGGUUUGAGAUUUUUCGCCAGAUGGUUGAGGAUAAGGUUGUCCCCAAUGAGGCCACUUUUACCAGCGCGGCGAGGUUGGCAAUCGCGGGGGAGGACCCGGAAAUGGCGUUUCAUUUGGUGAAGCAGAUGAAGGGUUUAGGAAUUCCGCCGAAAUUGAGGUCGUACGGUCCGGCAUUGUUUGAGUUCUGUAAGAAGGGGGAGGCUGAUAGAGCUUAUGAGGUUGAUGCUCACAUGGUUGAAUCCGGGGUUGUGGCGGAGGAACCUGAGAUCACUGCUUUGAUAAAAGUUAGUUCUGAUUCGAGCAGAGGUGACAAGGUUUAUGAGAUGUUGCACCGGUUGCGGACCACGGUGAGGCAGGUCUCGGAGUCAACUUAUGGGGUGGUGGAGGAGUGGUUCAAGUCCGAGGAGGCGGCGAAAGUUGGGGUGGAGACUUGGGAUGUGAAUAAGGUGAGGGAAGGGGUUGUGAGAGGAGGUGGAGGGUGGCAUGGGCAAGGGUGGCUUGGGAGUGGGAAUUGGAGAGUGGAGAGGACUCAGAUGGAUGAAGCAGGGACAUGCUCUUGUUGCGGCGAAAAGCUUGUCUCUAUCGAUAUUGAUCCGAAAGAGACCGAGAAUUUCGCUACCUCUUUGAGCAAAUUGGCUAGCCAAAGGGAGGUUCGGGGUGAUUUCGUUCGAUUCCAGGAGUGGCUUCAAAGGCAUGGUCCAUUCGAUGCUGUUGUAGAUGGUGCCAAUGUUGGUCUGGUCAAUCAACAUAAUUUCAGCUUUUUCCAGCUCGAUACUCUGGUGAACAGGUUACGCCAAAUGAGCCCAUCAAAGCGAUUGCCACUUGUUAUAUUGCACCAGAAUCGUGUAACUGGCGGUCCCGCUCAGAAUCCUAAUAACAAGAGAUUGUUAGAGAGUUGGAAAAAGUCCAGUGUACUUUAUGCUACUCCAGUUGGUUCAAAUGAUGAUUGGUACUGGUUGUACGCUGCUGUUAAUUGCAAGUGUUUGCUGGUGACGAACGAUGAGAUGAGAGACCACUUGUUCCAACUUCUAGGGACUAGCUUUUUCCCAAGAUGGAAGGAAAAACACCAGGUUCGAUUGUCCGUAUCAAGGCGGGGACUUAACCUUCAUAUGCCACCCCCGUAUUCGAUUGUAAUCCAGGAAGCAGAGGAUGGGGAGUGGCACGUGCCAACAACCACAGGUGACGACAUUGAGACCCCAAGGCAGUGGCUGUGCGCCACCAGAGCCAGAAAUACCAAAUAGAGAGGGAGAUUUUCGGGUUUUUAUUUUUUAUUUUUUAUUUUUGAAGAUAAAAUAUAAUUCAUUGGAUGGACACCAUGAUAGCGUGAUCAACCAUUUACAUUUUGUACGCUAUAAUUCAUUUGUAUGAGAAUUUCUUGAAUAA